GGAUAACUAACAUAAAUAAUGUUUUUAUGUACACAAAUGAGAUACGCUAAAAAUUUGACAAGUCAUAUCAGCUGAUCAUCAAUACGUUGCCUGACGUUGUCUGAUCGUGACAUCUGUUGAAAAAAAAAAAUAUCCUUGAAGUAUAAUUUAUCUUACAUUUAAUUAGGAUGUUAGGGAAGCUCUUCUUUGAAUUUUUACCGAUUAUUUGUCGUUGCAAAUUCUCGACGAAAUUGAGGUAUGCAAACAUAUCGAAACGUAAACGUGAAUAUAGAAUGUCAUCCACUUUACGUACCGAAGCGAAUGGCGCGUUAUGCGUGAAUGAGAAAUUGAAGGAAAUUUUCAAGUUCAAAGACACCAAGAUCAGUAACUGGAUCGUAGAGAACAAAGCACGUGCUCUAUGCGUCAGAUAUACCGAAAGUGACAAGGAUACUCGCCGGCAGAUUUUACGCACGUUAGCUUCGCGAUACGCCGUACAACAUGAUGAUAUACGCCAAGUGGCGAAAAGCUUAGUCUGUACCGAGCCUGAAAAUGAACGACAGAUGAUUGUUCAUGAGAAAACCUUGAAGAAUGUACUUACACCUGCAUAUCAUUGGUUAUUUGUUAUUAUAGGCAGAUUGCAGCAUGGCGUCAAGUUUUUGGUUGAUUUAAGAACUGAUGUCCUGGAAUUAAUGUCAGAAGUAAAAGAUACUGAUGAAAGUGUAAUAAUACAACAGUUAAAUCAUACUUUGCAAGAUUUGUUCUUGCUCUGGUUCUCUGUGGGUUUCUUCCACAUGGAACGAAUAACAUGGGAAAGUGCAUGUGAUAUAUUACAAAAGGUCUCUGAUUACGAAGCUAUACAUCCUAUAAAAAAUUGGUUAGACUUGAAACGUAGAGUUGGACCAUAUAGAAGAUGUUACAUAUUUACACAUCCAUCCAUGCCAAGAGAACCUAUCGUUGUGUUACAUACAGCGUUAUGUGACAUUAUACCAGAUAGCGUGAAGGGUAUUGAAGAAGCUGAAAUUAGAAUUCUAGGAAGUGCAAAGAAAAAUAUAACGUUUUUAGAAGAAGACAAAUCAAAAAUAAAAGCGGCAAUAUUUUAUUCUAUAGUAUCUACUCAAAAAGGAUUGCAGGGGAUUGAAUUGGGUAAUUAUUUGAUAAAGAAAGUGGCGAGCGAGAUUACGACUGAAUUUCCAGCUGUGCAACAAUUGUCCAGCUUAUCACCGAUACCACAUUUUAAGACUUGGCUAUUUGAUAAACUGAAACAAGAUAUAGCAUUUAUAUUUACCGCGCAAGAACAUAGAAUUGCAAAAGAUAUUUUGCAAACAGAAAAUGUGGUACCAACCUUAAGAAAGACUCUACACACUUCAUUAUGGACAGAGGAUAAACAGUUAUCAACAUUUUUAAAAGAGCCAUUACUCCGUGCAUGUGCAUGGUACUUGUAUAAAGAAAAAAGACGUGGCUAUGCCUUAAAUAGUGUCGCUAAUUUCCAUUUACGCAACGGAGCUGUAAUGUGGCGAAUAAAUUGGAUGGCCGAUCCUUCACCACGUGGAGUAGCAAAUAGUUGCGGUAUAAUGGUCAAUUAUAGAUAUUUUCUACAAGAUUCUGAAAGAAACAGUCGAAAUUAUAUCGAACACUUUGUUAUAAAUGCUUCAGAAAAUGUAAAUAAUCUCGCAAUGCAAGCGGAAAAAUUAAGGAAUACAUACAAUGCAGGCUAUAAUUUAAUUAUAAAAGAUUUGUGAAAAUAAUAUUGUGACUGCGAGAACAGAAAAACGUUAUUACGAGCAAUCACGAAAGAUACGAAGAGACAAUCGAAAAAUGUAAUCAUCUAAGAAUGAUGUUAAAAGUAUCGGCCUUAUUUUUUAUUGUUAUUUUUAUUAAUAAUUAAAUCGAAUGUGGGUGCAUUAUAUGUAAGUAUGUAUAUAAAAGAAAAAAAAAUAAAUAAAAUUGAGUACACACCUG